AACUACGUUCUGCCAGGUGUCGUUAAUGAUUUUCAUCUCAAGCCUCGUGAUUUAUCUUUCAUGCUAGCUCUUUAUAGAUGUACGUCGCUAAACAUACAGCUGUGAUGUUUUUAAGAGGCGAACUUUACUCGACGGAGCAGUUUUCACCAACUUAUAUUCGCCUAUACCCGGGAUAUUUUUUUCUGCUACCAUUUCUCAGGAGGAAUAAAUGAGCUAGCUACUUAGCCUGUUGGCUAACGCUAGCUGAGCGCAAGUUCAGUGAACGUCACCUCCGCGGUGAGCGCUGUUUGCAUCCGAAAGCAGGAAUCACAUGACCCAUCCAGAUCCUGUCUGCUGCGAGUAAAAGCUACACAUAGUCCAUGGUAUAAUAGGUGCUGAGCUUCUUCAGACAAGACAACCCGUCCCCUACUUCCUUGUCUUUUUUCCCCUCCAGGACGAUGAAGCUGAUUAUCCUCAAUGACUACGACCAGGCAAGCGAGUGGGCUGCCAAGUAUAUUAGAAACAAGAUUUUGAUGUUCAAACCCGGCCCGGACAGAUAUUUCACCCUGGGGCUCCCCACUGGAAGCACCCCCCUGGGAUGUUACAAGAAACUGAUCGAGUACUACAAGAAUGGAGAAGUCUCGUUCCAGUAUGUAAAAACAUUCAACAUGGAUGAAUAUGUAGCCCUUCCCAGAGAUCAUCCUGAGAGCUACCACUCCUUCAUGUGGAACAAUUUCUUCAAGCACAUAGACAUAAAAGCAGAGAACACACACAUCCUAGAUGGCAACGCUGCUGACCUGCAGGCAGAGUGUGACGCCUUUGAGGAAAAGAUAACAGCAGCCGGGGGGAUCGAGCUGUUUGUCGGAGGUAUCGGACCAGAUGGCCACAUUGCCUUCAAUGAGCCUGGUUCAAGCCUUGUUUCCAGGACCAGGGUGAAGACCCUGGCCAAGGACACUAUCAUGGCUAAUGCAAGAUUCUUUGAUGGGGAUCUCUCUAAGGUGCCCACCAUGGCACUGACGGUGGGAGUGGGCACUGUCAUGGAUGCCAAAGAGGUCAUGAUUCUCAUCACCGGAGCACACAAGGCAUUUGCUUUAUACAAAGCCAUAGAGGAUGGCGUGAAUCACAUGUGGACAGUGUCUGCGUUCCAGCAGCACCCACAGACCGUUUUUGUUUGUGACGAAGACGCCACCCUGGAACUGCGGGUCAAAACUGUGAAGUACUUCAAAGGGAUGAUGCACGUACACAACAAGCUUGUGGAGUCGCCUCCCUCAGGGAAAUAGAUGAACUGAGAAGAUCUCCUCAAAACUUUGUGGAUUCAUGAGGCAUUUGUCGAAAAUUAACACUCCAGUGAUUCCUUUAUCUUCUGGUGGAGAUACAUUGGUGGACAUCAAGCAGUGCUUGGUGUUAUUCUUAACUAAUUCUUGUAGUAACAAUCAGGUGCUGGUGUUGCACAGACUGUUCAGGUUUACAGAUGAUUGUUCAUACAGCUUUGCUUCUCAUUUGUUCUUUGUAAUAAAGUACAUUUAAUUUGUA